UCUGCGUCUUUGUUUUGACGUCACCUGCAUGGAUAGACGGUAUUUGGAUUUUCAGCCAACUGAAUGCGGCCGUGUGUUGGAGGGGAUCGGUUAAUCGCUUUAUUUUUUGUAUUUACAGACAUUUUUAUCGAGCCAUGUCUCCAUCAGUCGCCCUGCAGGAGAUGAUCCGAGCCAUCCGGUCGGCCAGGACUCAGUGUGAGGAGCGGGGGGUCAUCCAGAGGGAGUGUGCCGCCAUCCGGGCCCAGUUCAGACAAACCGACAACGGCGGGCGUUCCCACAAUCUGGCCAAGCUGCUCUACGUCCACAUGUUGGGCUACCCAGCUCACUUUGGUCAGAUGGAGUGUGUUCGGAUGAUCGCCAGCCCGCGCUACAGCGAGAAGCGUGUAGGAUACCUGGGAGCGAUGAUGCUCCUGGACGAGAAGCAGGAUGCGAGCCUGCUCAUCACAAACUCCAUUAAGAAUGACUUGUCUCAUAGCAACCAGUAUGUGCAGUCUCUGGCUCUGUGCACACUGGCCUGCAUGGGAUCAGCAGAGAUGUGCAGGGAUCUGGCCCCAGAGAUCGACAGGUUGCUGCGAUCCUCCAACUCUUACAUAAAGAAAAAGGCUGCUUUGUGCGCCGUUCACAUUGUGAGGAAGGUCCGGGAUCUGGGAGAGCUCUUUGUCCCCUCUGCUCGCUCCCUCCUCUCUGAGAAGAACCAUGGUGUGUUACAUGGAGCUGUUGUGCUCAUCACUGAGCUCUGUGGGCGGAGCCCAGAAACACUGGAGCGCUUCAGGAAGACGGUGCCAGAUCUAGUCCAGAUCAUGAAAGGCCUGGUGAUUUCAGGUUAUUCCCCGGAUCACGAUGUUGCAGGUGUCAGCGAUCCAUUCCUACAGGUACGCAUCCUGAGGUUGCUGAGAAUCCUCGGUCGGAACAACGAAGCAGCGAGUGACGCCAUGAAUGACCUCCUAGCUCAGGUAGCGACCAACACAGACAGCACCAAGACUGUGGGUAACGCCGUGCUCUACGAGACUGUUCUCACCGUUUUAGACAUCAAGUCAGAGAGCGGCCUCAGAGUUUUAGCGGUCAACAUCCUGGGAAGAUUUCUACUGAAUAACGACAGGAAUAUUCGAUACAUCGCCAUGACAUCUCUUCAGAAGAUCGUCGGGACGGACCAUAAUGCAGUUCAGCGGCACCGUGGGACUAUAGUCGACUGCUUGAAGGACCAGGAUGCCUCAGUUAAGCGGCGGGCUUUGGAGCUAUCCUUGGCUUUGGUGUCAGCCUCCAACAUCCGUUCUAUGAUGAAGGAACUGCUCAUCUUCCUCUCCUCCUGCCCUCCAGAUCUCAGGGCUCAAGCUGCCAGCGGCAUAUUUAACGCCGCCGAAAGGUAUGCACCCUCCAAACGUUGGCACAUUGACACCAUCCUGCAUGUUCUCACCACGGCAGGGGGCGAUGUCAGAGAUGAAACUGUGCCUAACCUGAUUCAGCUCAUCACCAACACCUCAGAGCUGCACUGUUACACCGUCCACAAGCUCUACCGGGCGCUGCUCACCGACAUCUCUCAGCAACCUCUGGUGCAGGUGGCCUGCUGGUGUAUAGGAGAGUAUGGAGACCUGCUGCUGAAAGGAGAGUGUCAGGAGACAGAAGCUGUGCAGGCCACAGAGGAUGACGUCCUGGAUGCUUUAGAGAUAGUUUUACAGUCACACAUGUCCACUCCUACGACCCGCGGCUUCGCGCUCACCGCCACCAUGAAACUGAGCACACGCAUCACAGAUAAUGUGGACCGCAUCCGAAGCAUCGUCAGCAUCUACGGCAGCUGCAUAGAUGUGGAGCUCCAGCAGAGGGCGGUUGAAUACAACGCACUCUUCAAAAAAUACGACCACAUGAGAGCAGCUGUGCUGGAGAGAAUGCCUGUGAUCCAGAAAAACUCUCUGGGUCAGACCAACGGGGAAGUUAGCGAGGAAACCAUUAAGGAGACGCAACCUGGCAAAGUCAAACAGGAAGAGGCGGCUCAGCCACAGCAACCAGCUGGCCAAGUGGUUGACCUCUUGGACUUGCUGGGUGGUUCUCAGGAGCCUUUGGCGCCCAGCUCGUUGAUAAGUAUCACAUCAUCAGCUCAGCCCAUCACUGCCACCGGCAGUGCUGGAGGGGACCUCCUGGAUUUGUUGGGUGGAUUGGAGCCCACUCCUCUGACACCAGCUCCCGGUAAGACAGUGUAUGAGAAAAAUGGUGUGACUCUGACCAUAAGCUGUGAGCAGCAGUCAGACUCCGGCCUGACGGUCAUGCUCACCGCCUCCAACUCCACUGACUCAGACAUCAGCAGCUUCACCCUUCAAGCUGCAGUACCCAAGAGUGUGCAGCUACAAAUGAAGGCCCCCAGCAGAGACUCUCUUCCUGCGAAGGGUGCAGCUAAACUGACCCAGCUGGUGGUCCUCAACAACCCGAACAAGGUAAAUCUAAAGAUGAGGAUACGUGUCUCCUACAGCAGCCUUGGCUCGGUCGUCCAGGAUACAGUUCAGGUGGAUUCCUUCCCAGGAAUCAGUGCUGCUGGACUCUGAAAGGAAGCGUCUGUCUGAGUCUAGUUAGGUGUUUUUUGUUUUUGUUUUCUAUAUCUGAUAAUACGGAAUCCACGGACUUACUAAAGGAGUUGGGUUUUGUUUGUUUUUUACACCUGACAGGUAAAGAAAACAGGUUUGCUGAUUUUAUAUGAAAGGGUGGGGCAUUUAAAAUGAAAUGAUCACUAUGUUUGCAGGGAGUUUUUUUUUUACCUCAGUGUUAGUCACUUUGAAGAAAAUAAAUUAAGCAAAAAAGAAGGACAAGCUAAAAAUGGUGAGAGAGAGGGGAAAUAUUUUGAAAGUAAGUUAAAUAUUUGUUGAAAAACUUGUAUAAAAAAAAACUAAAGAAAAGUGACAUUAAAACAAAAUUAAAAUGCUGAGAAUGAAGUUCAGAAAGC